GGGAUUUUCCGUCAAUAAAUAAAUUUUAAGAUAGGCUAUUAUGGAAAUAGUUUUCAUGACAAACAGGAAGCUAGUCACAACAAGGCAGCAUUGCAAAACUGGUGAGUACCUAAAGUACCUUCAAUAGUACGCAUGAUUUCAGAAUACCUAACCCGCGGUUACAAACGGUUACAAACCCAACCUCAAAUAAAGUUAUGGAUUUGUUUUGCCACAAACUUCCUAAAAUUGAGCUUCAUGCCCAUCUCAACGGUUCCCUAAGCAAAUUAACACUUAAACAAUUAGGAUGCUUAGAAAAUUCCAUCAGCCAAUACCAAUCCGUUAAAGCAAUAGGUCUUAAAGACGCGUUUGCCUUAUUCAAAGUAGCUCACGAAGCUACCAGUAACACAAAAAACUUGUACAUUGCCACCCAAAACGUGAUUGAAGAAUUUGCCAAAGAUAAUGUAGUCUAUUUAGAGCUUAGAACAACUCCCAGGUCUGAAGAGGGCAUGUCUGAGGACGAUUAUAUCGAAACGGUGAUAAAAGCGAUCAGGGAAAAUCGAUUUGAUGGUAUUUUGGUGAAGCUAAUCUUGUCACUGGAUAGAAGGAGAUCAAGAGAAGAGCAAACAGAAACUUUGGAUAGAAUCAUUAGGUUUAAAAAUAGUUUUCCGGAUUUAAUAAGAGGGGUUGAUCUUAGUGGGGAUCCGGCAAAAGGAGAUUUUUUUAGGGAUAUUUUUGAAAAGGCUAGAGAAAAUGGACUUAAAACAGCAAUACACUGUGCUGAAAUACAAAAUGAUGCCGAAGUGAAAAACAUCUUGGAAUUUAAGCCUGAUAGAUUAGGACAUGGUACUUUUAUACAUACAAAUCCAGAAUUAUGGGCCCUAUACAAACAACUAAACAUUCCUGUUGAAUGCUGCCUAACGUCUAAUGUGAUAUGCUUAACAGCAAACUCCUAUGCAGAACACCAUGUUCAAGAAUGGAUUAAAGAAAAACUACCUUUUUGUCUAGCUACUGAUGAUAAAGGCGUUUUCAAUACAUCACUAUCAGAAGAAUUUCUUCAUAUCCACAAAGCAAGCAAACUAAAUGAGUUGGAAUUAUGGACAAUCUCUUAUAAAUCCAUCGAAUAUUCUUUUGCUAGUGCUGAGGAAAAGAAUUUUUUGCGUUUUAGUUUGGAAAAGUGGAAAAUCAAAAAUAUUAAAGAUAAUGAAUAGUUCAAAAUUUUCUUACCAUGUCAGCAUAAUCAUUUGCAAUUAAACUUUUCAGCCACUCCAUUUUUGUUUGAAAGUACCUACUAAUGUCUGAACAAGCUAAUGCUAUCAAAAAUAGAUGCAUAAUAUACUUAUUUGGUCACAUCAAUUAAAAUUAAUUAGAAUUUAUUAUAAAUAGAAUAUAA